GAUAUCAUUCAUUUGUUAUUCAGUCAACUGAUCGCAUCGGAUCGGAAUACCGUACACAUCGAACUGUUUAGUUAUUUUUUAUUUGUUUUUUUGAAUCAAUUGGAAAAGAAAAGAAAAACUCAUUUUUUUCGUUCAAAAUGAUGAAUAAAAGUGUAUCGAAUAUCUGUAAAAUUGCUGCUUUGUUGUGCAUUGUGCAAAGCGCUAUUGCCGGCGUUGUGGAUAAUUCAGUGUAUAGCGGACGUGCUCAAAUCAACAGUGGAAAUGAAUUGGUCUCAACAAUUCUAAACAAUUGCUACGACAUGGGUUGUAUGAAAAGUAAUGUGUUGACUUAUUUGAAUACAAUUUUGGGUGUUGAAGACAGAUCAGCUCGUUCAAUGGCAUCAUCAGUUGACGAACAAAUCUUCGAUCGUGUUGCAAAAUACUUGAAAACCAACGAACUCCAUUUUGAAUUGCCCGAAACAUUUUUCCGUAAAUCGGAAAUCACUUUCCGUGCCGAUCGUGGCUUCGAUGUGAAAGUAUCCGAAGAAGCAGCCACCGAAGCUCGUAAACACAAAGAUGACGAUUUGAAGAAGAAACUUUUGUUGCCAGCACUUUUGCUUUUGAAAUUGAAAUUGAAAGCCAUUCUUCCAUUGUUUGUUGGCAUCAUCGGAAUAAAAGCUGUGAAAGCAUUGAUCAUCUCAAAAUUGGCCUUGUCUUUGGUUGUUGGAUUCAUCGCUUAUAAUUUGUUCAAGAAACCAGCUGCACCGGCCGCACCAGUUGACACAUCCACCGCUGCACCGUCGUCAUACGACCCAAAUAGCUGGGAACCAAGUGCCACCAGCGGCGGUCCGUAUGCACGCAUCUGGGACCCAUCAGCACAAAACUUGGCCUACAGUGCCUACUACUCGGGCAGCUCAGCCGUUGCCAACAGUGGUAGCUCAUCAUCAGCCACAGCCACUUCAAAACCAUCCUCAUACUCAACCAUCUAAGUUGAAUGUUUCCGCUUAAUUUAUUUGUUUGUAUAAAAAAUGCAUUGUACAUUUUAAAGAAAGAAGAAAGAAAAAAAACAAUUCUAUUUAUUUCUUAGCAAUAAGAGAUACGAAGCAAAGAAUUAUGUAACUUAUUCAAAUGAAAUUAUUUAUUUAUCAAAUCAUAAAU